GCUCUCAUAAACGCAGCAGCUCUUGCAAACUGUGUGUGCUUCUUUUUUUGGUGACAGAGAGCUGGAAAGACAGAGAGAUUUUCUGUAUUAGAAAGUGAGAAAGGAAGGGCAGGGAGGUACCUAAAGACAGCGGGGAGGGAGGGGUAAGAGAUAGAGAGAGCAGGCGAGCGAAGGGGACGGAAGGGAGGGGAGAGAGAGAGAGCGAAAAGAGGGGGAGCACAUGUGUAUGCUUGUCACUAAGGGGCUGGGAGAAGGACUAAGGGAAGCGAGGUAGCUGGCCACAGCCGCCAUAUGCUGACUGGAUUCCUGUUCAUGUCUGCUGUGUGAAGACUGUAGGUUUCUGUUGUGUGCUGGCCGGCUGGGGAACACACCAUGGGAAGCUCACAUCUCCUCAACAAAGGCAUGCCUUUAGGCAUCAGGCCCCCCAUUAUGAACGGGCCCAUGCAUCCGCGCCCCCUGGUGGCGCUGCUGGACGGGCGAGACUGCACUGUGGAGAUGCCCAUCCUAAAAGACGUAGCAACCGUAGCGUUCUGUGACGCUCAGUCCACACAGGAGAUCCACGAGAAGGUCCUAAAUGAAGCUGUAGGAGCGCUGAUGUACCACACCAUCACUCUAAUGAGAGAAGACCUGGAGAAGUUUAAAGCGCUGCGUAUCAUCGUCCGAAUCGGCAGCGGUUAUGACAACAUUGAUAUUAAAUCUGCUGGAGAACUUGGCAUAGCUGUUUGUAAUAUGCCAGCCGCCUCCGUGGAGGAAACGGCAGACUCCACGCUGUGUCACAUCCUCACCUUGUACCGACGCACCACCUGGCUGCAUCAGGCUCUGCGGGAGGGGACCCGUGUUCAGAGUGUGGAACAGAUCCGUGAGGUGGCAUCGGGAGCAGCGAGGAUCAGAGGAGAGACCCUGGGACUCAUCGGGCUCGGUCGAGUGGGCCAGGCUGUAGCCCUGCGAGCCAAGGCCUUUGGCUUCAGUGUGAUUUUCUAUGACCCUUAUUUGGCUGACGGUGUAGAAAGAUCCCUGGGAUUACAAAGGGUCACCACACUACAGGAUCUGCUCUUCCACUCUGAUUGUGUGUCUCUGCACUGCAGCCUCAACGAACACAACCACCACCUGAUCAAUGACUUCACCAUCAAACAGAUGCGUCAGGGGGCGUUUCUGGUGAACACAGCAAGGGGGGGUCUGGUGGAUGAGAAGGCUCUGGCUCAGGCCUUGAAGGAGGGAAGGAUACGUGGAGCUGCCCUGGAUGUUCAUGAGUCAGAGCCUUUCAGUUUCAGUCAGGGUCCGCUCAAAGAUGCCCCCAAUCUGAUUUGCACACCACACGCUGCCUGGUACAGCGAACAGGCAUCACUGGAAAUGCGAGAGGAAGCAGCCAGGGAGAUCCGAAGGGCUGUGACAGGUCGCAUCCCAGACAGUCUAAAGAACUGCGUCAAUAAAGAGUUCCUCACCCAGAACAACCACUGGGCAGGUGUUGACCCAGCUACCGUCCACCCUGAGCUCAAUGGGGCAUACAGGUAUCCCCCAGGAGUAGUGAACUUGCCAUCUGGCGGCCUCCCUCCCCCUGUUGAAGGCAUUGUACAGAGCGCCGUGCCAAUCGCGCACACCCUUCCGCCCGCCGUCACACACCCUCCUCACGCCCCGUCUCCCGGACAGAACACAGUGAAGCCACCAGAGGGCGACAGAGAGCAGCAUCCAAAUGACCAGCUGUAGCCCCUCCACAAACACAAAACACACACGUUCCCGUGUUGUCUAGUGACUGGUGGUGGUUGGCACAGCAACCGGUGUCAUUGCGAUAAGUUCUCUAGUGACAAUUGUUAUCAGGUUUGGUGUCAGAUUGACCGGUUGACGUCCCAAUUACAAUCAAUUCAAGAACUCUCUGGCAACUGGUUUCCAACAGCCGGUUCACACUCCAAAGAGGAAGACAAGGAAGGUGGUGAUGAAUUAAAGAGCAAGGCAGCUGUCUGCUGCCCCGACCAGAAGUUGGUCUUCCGAUCGCUGGAUGAUCUUCAGAUUCUGUGCCAGAAGUAAAUAAAAAAAACAACAACAUAACAAUAACUAUCUGUUGAUUUGGGAAAAAAACUAGGAUCAAAUUCCUCUGUCUUAGACUGUAGUGUGUCCAAAGUUAGAGGGGCGGGGUUUAUGUCUUUCUCUCUUUUCUGUGUCUUUUCCUUAGUUUGAUGUACAAGAAAAGUUAGUAGGUUAUAAAAUGAAUGUAACCUGUCUGUGUACAGUUUUAGACUUAAAGCAAGAAGAUACUGAUAUUUGUAUUCGAGUCUUAACAAAAGCAAAGGUGAUCUCUCUAUGUAGCUGAACCAGUUGGAGAAUACAAUAUCCGUUUUUUUUAUUUUAAUGUCCCCAAAUUAGCAAGCCCCCCCAAAAAGAGGCAGCUUUUUGCACACCAUCUCAGGAGAGUAAGUUUCCGCAGUUGGUAUAUUAGUUAUUUUUUGUUUCUUUUUGUUCUUUUUUUUAGUUUUGUUUUAUAAAUUCUUUUUUCAUGCCACUUAGUGCUUUUGUUUUUCUACCUGCUUGCCUUUUCGUGUCCCGCUACAUUAGAAAAAGAACUUUAACAAGAGCUAAAGUUGAACUGAUGUUUGCUUUUGUUAGUUAUGUUUAAGGGGCAUGUGACUUUGCUCUUGGGACUUGUCUAAAUGCUUGACCGAAAUCAAGAGGGUUGUGGGAGGAAAGGCUGCAAGAAAGCGGUAAAAUGGUAUGCCAAGGCUGGGAACUUAUCUCCUUGUCUCUAUUAAUAUAUAUGUCGACAAAAUGAUGCACUGAGAGCUUGUAGCAGACCGCACUUUGAGAAACAAGGAUGUUUAUCUUGUCCUGUCUAAUGAUACAACAGUACCCCUAUCACACACAGUAAAUGUGCAGGUCAUGGAGCAUGAACAGUUUGAUGAAUCACUGAGUCAUGGUUCAUCAUGCUGCAAAGUCAGUAUAUUACUGAAGUUGCCCUUGCAGAUAUAGAUCUCUCCAAUCAGCCCGAAGAGUUGCAAAACACUCAACUUUCCAUUUAAAGUUUUAAACUCACUCCCAGAUGUCACAUCUAGUUAAGCAAAGUUAACGUUUACUGACAGAUGAGAAACAGUCAUGUGAAAUCUUCCUACUGUUUAGGACAUUUUAAAAUUCAAAGCAAAGUCAGUAAAUAAAAAUAAAAAUCUCAUUUAUCCAGACUACUAUCCCUUUAACAUUUCAAGAUGGGUCCUUCCUUGAGUAUACCGUUUAGCCACUCUCUGUGGCCUCCGUGUCUAUGUGUACAUAUGGUGUUCUGCCUGCCUGUGUCAAUGUGAGUUGGUUGUAUCUGUGUCUAAAAAAGCAGCACUGGGAGGAGGGGUGGUGGCUUGUGCUCUCCACAAACAUCAAUACAAAGACUGCCAUUAACAAAAUACUUAAUACGAACUAUAAACACCUGAAAUUGAAACUGAUUCCAAACUUAGCCUAGCAAUCUCUCAGAAAUUAAAUCUCUUACAGGUUACAUUCCCACAUAACAAGAAGAGUACAGUGUCAUGCAAGCGUAAAACUCUGCCAAACCCUUUUCUCGCGUGCUGAUGUUAACCAGCCAUCUGAGUGAAGGUGCUUUCUGAUCCCCUCCUACCAGCAGCUGAGUAGUAAAAAAACAGUUUACUGUUGCCUACCUGGUCUUCUUCAUGGUUAGGUAGUAAGCGUAGCAAUCAGGGAUGGAAAUUUUGCCAGCGAUAUCUGAAAGGGGCGCCUCAUACUGAAGGUACUGCCAGGCUAGAGCCCCAAAAUCCUCAACAUCAUGCUGAACUGUUUUGAACUUGAAUCUUAAACAAGAUGCCAUUCUUUUUCUGUGGACGAAAGUCUUCUGCUUGUUUCUUUCUAAAACAAACUGCGAGCAUUCCUUUAUUAAAAUGAUGGGCGCCACAUCAGAUUAGCUUUUUAAGUGUCGAGGUGCUCCUUGAAUUUCCAUCCCUGGUAGUAACACACAGUCCACUGUUGCCUACCUUGGUCCCCUUUAUGGUAAAGUAGUAGGCGUAGCAAUAUACAGUAUACAUAAUCUAUAUUCUACAGUAAAUAUCAUUAUUUUUGGUCAAAACUGACAACCUGACAAAGAUACGUUUGUGACUGUAUGCAUUUGUAUGAAUUAUUUUAAAAGAAAUAAACUGUGGAAAGGUGA